AUGCUCGCAAGAGGUGCCAGGAGCGGCUGGGGACCCUGUUCUGCUCUUGGAGGCGGAUCUGCACUGUGGAGCGCAAGUGCGUGGAGAAUUCCUGCAGGACCACCGAGCGCCUGGGACUCGUGGGUGCAGAUCACGCGCGAGCCGAAGGCGAUGCUGAGGGGCGUGAGGCGCGAGCUGGCGGACAUGCGCCACGUGAGUCAGGCCCUCGAGCAGAAGCUGGCGCGCGUAUCCGUGGCCGGCACUCUGUGCGCCGCAUCGUUCUUGGUGUGCCUGCUGCGCAUGCAGCGGCUCAAGGCCAGCUGGAGGUGCAGGCAAGACAAGCUCAGAGGCCAGCUCUGCAUAGCUGGAAGGCGCCUGAACGACCUGGAGCGCUGCCUGCACACGCGCGACCGGCGGCUGCAGGGCGCCAUCGACGCGCUAAGCCAGAAGGCCGAGAACGACCAGCGCAGCUUCCACCACAUCAUCGAGACGACAGACACCAAGCAUGCCUCUGCCCUCAGCAGCAUGGACCAGGAGUUAAAGAGCCUCAUCGGGUCGAAGGACACGGAGCAUGUCAAUGCCCUUGGCACGUUGCGCCAAGAGCUCGUGUCUCUGAUUAAGGCAGAGGAUGCCGAGCGUACGAAUGCUGACAACGAUUUGCGGUACGACAUGAAAGAUGCGUUGACCGAAUUGGUAAGCGCAGUCAACCAGCGUCUGUUCAGACCCGUCAAGGCGAGCUUUUUAUCGAGACUGUAG